AUGCUCCAUCGCUCAAUUACAAAGCUUUUAGAUCGAUUGAGAGGGGGCGUCGCGCCGCGGUUGUUUCGCACGACGGCCUGCCUUCGGUCGCCCGCAUCUGCGAGCCGGCGAUCAUCCAACGGGCGCGCAGGCGCCACCUCGGCGAUCCCUACGGGGGCGAUAAAAACCUCUCCGAAGGUGGCAACCCCUUCGAUAGAGGGUGACGAUGACGUUCUCGUGAUAACAGCAGGGGGGAGGCCUUAUCGAAAGGGGCUGGCGGCAUCCAAACGCCUUAUCACGCCGCCUAUCCCGGAUGCGGCGACUUUUUCCACCCGAGCGGUGGAGUUCGAGCCCGAGGCGUUGAAUCGUAACGAUGAGGUGGCAGAUGGGGUGCCCUUUUCUCGCGAGGAGGAUGCCGAGGUAUCUGCAGAGACCUCGAGCGCGAUGCGGCGUGCACAAUCCUUGCUUCACCCCAAACCCCACGGCCGAGGUCGGCCAGGCGAUUCUUUUUCCACCCGCCCGAGAGAGGAUUCUACGCCGGAGGCAGCUCCCUCGGAUGACACCCUCUCCACCUCCACCGGGGUCUCGCUUAUCAAUCCAUUUUGCGGGCUCCACGCCCACCUCGCGCGGACCUACCGCCUGGAGCAGUUUGCCGAGGAUACCACCCCGGCGGAUGUGAUUUUUGCGAAGCAGGAGGCGAAAUCCGCGGCCUUUUCCUUCCUCCGGUUUAAAGCCUCGCCGGAGUUGUACGACGCGCACUGGGCGGUCGCCGCGGGGAUGAAAGGGCAGCUCGAGGCCAUCCAGCAGCAGGUAGCCACCGCCGGUAAGCGCGCCACGCAUCGUCUUUUUAAUAAUGAUCUCGGCGUGCAGAGCCUGCGGGUGGCGACGAGCUACCCUUUGUUAAUCGCGCAGCGGUUGUUGCUUUUUCCGGAUAAUUUGCGGCAUUGGCAUACCCUCUGCGGGCGGGAUCGCGUGCCUUGUGAUUUCUACGCCGACGUCGACCUCCCUGGGGAGACCGCGGAAGGGGGCGAGCAGGUUUUGCUCGAGAUCCUGAACUACCUCGAGGUGCGGCUCCCGGGGAUCGGCUUCACCGAUCCGUUCUUUCUCAUCCUCGCGAACGCGUCGUCGAUGCAGGAGGACGCGCGACGAGGGCGAGGGAAGAUUUCGUUUCAUCUGCAUGCCCGAUCGAUGACGUAUCGCGCGGAUUACCUCGCCCUCGGCGCGCAGCAGCUCGGGUUAAUCGGAGGGGCGACCUCGCCGCAGAAGACGACCAGGCGGGUGUCGAAAUCGCGUCGAAAGCGCCCCUCCUCCGAGGCUGAAAAGGUCGUGGAGGUUGCCGAGGAGGGGGAGGCCGAGGAGGAUGAUCUUUCCGAUCUCGUGAACGUCGUGGAGGGCGGGGGCGCCACCCAAGGGGCCGUUUCACCUCCAAAGGUGGUCGCCUUUGAGGAUUACCGCACCGUUCGCCUCCUCGCCGAUGAGGUGAAUCAGACGCUCGGAAAGGCGGUGAUUGACGAUAAUUGCUACCGCGCGCACGGGAUGCUGCGGUGCGCGUUCAGCGCGAAGUUGCGCGGGCCCGAGGGCGCUACCGGGGGGCUGCAACCCCUCCUCACCGCCAAGGAUCCCGCGCUUCAAGCGAAGCUAAACGCGAUGCACGCGCGGCUGCGGGGGUGGACGGAUCCGGAAAUCCUGGAGAUGAGUUUCUGCGGGCGCUUUUUGAACGACCCGGACGCCGCCCGGCGGGGGGGGCGGUAUCUUAAAACGGAACUCCUCCCAAAACUCCCGAUGCGGACGCGUCGCGCGGCGAUCGCGGCGGCGACUUCGGGGAAGGCCCCUUCGCCGGAGGUGGCGGAUCUCCUCCAGGCCGCCGCCGCCACCUCGCGGCAUCGAUUUAAACUCCUUCGCCUUCGCCACAUUCGCGGCGGCGGGGCCGGGGAAGGGCAGGAGUACGACGCCCACGGCAAUUUGGUUUCCCCUUUUCUCACGGAGGCGGCGAAGUGGCGGCGAUUUCGGCAGGUCGUCGCGAAGCUGCAGUCGCUGCCCCCGCACGCGGCGGAUUCCUUCGACGUCUGGGUGCGCGUCGGGCUCGCGCUGCAUAAUUUUAGCAACGAAGAUCACGUCUUCGAUGAGUGGGUGCGGUUUUCGAUUCGGUGCCCACAGAAGUUCUCGCGGGAGGCGUGUCGGAAGAAGUGGGUGCAGUUUGAGCGCAACCCCGAUGCCCUGAACUGGCGACGUGGGUUUAACUACCUCAAUUCGACCAUCUGGAAGCAGGUUUGA